UAAAAAGAUGAGCGAGUGUACCUAGGAUGUCUUUGUCGGUGAGUUGAGCGCGUCAUGAUUAUGAGAUGUGUCCUCUCGACAGGCCUUCGUCGGAUGUUUAUAAGUGAAUAUGCGCUGUCGAUGAGGUCCCUUUGGCCCAUAGACAGACCGUCAUCAAUGUCGCGAUUUGCCAUCAGAACACAAUCUGUCGCAUUCGCCUGUUCACAAGCUCCGAGAGCUUUUCAUCGUACAUUACAUACUACCACUAAGAUGUCUUCAGACUCCGGACACAUUAACUUCCCCGGCAAGACCUCUGCCACCCCAGGUGAAGAGUUUGAAGUCCGCCAGACCUCGACCACCGAGGAUUACCACCCCAACCCGUCCAAGUCAAUCCCCCUCUCACCAGCGCGUCAGCGCUUGGUCGACGACAUCAUCGCACUGUACUCAAUGGAGCCCACGGUCGAGCGCGUGAAGCGCUACACCGCUGACUGCGUUUAUGAUGACCAAUUCGUCUACGCCAACGACCGGUACAAGAUGGCCGGGCAGUGGUUCGCCUUACCCAAGCUCUUCAAUGCGAGCAUCAACGAGGGCUAUGAGAUUGUUAAGAACGAUCGAGAUCUCAUUCAGUUCAGGAAUGAGCAGAGCUGGACUUUUAAGCUCAUCCCAAAGACUGCGACGAUCAAUGCGCUUGUCAGUCUCAGCCUGGAUCCCGGCACCGUCGAUAGCGACUUCAUUCAGGUCAAGUACCACAAGGACCAAGCCAAUGACAAGGACUACAGCCAUGAGGGCGUUGGAUUCUCGUUCAAGAAGUGGCAAGCUGACAACGUCAUCAAGGUUAUGGAUAGUAAAGAAGUUGAGGCUUUCGCAGCGGACAAGGAUGCCAGUAAGAACAAGGUGAAGAAGUAUGGCACUGGCAAGACCGAAGGGGAUGCACCCAUAAAGGAUCUUUGAGCUAUCGGUCAAUGACCCUGAUGAUUAGAGGUGAUGGCAUGUGUGGACUCGGCCAUCUUUCAUUAUCUUGUGACCCAAAGAUUUGAUGUGGAGAGAAAAGCUCCUUAAUUGCAUAAAAUCUGGAAUGACAUCAGCUAAAAUAUCGCAUCUAAUAGAAAGUCUCUCGGUGCAUCGCAAUGAGUUUAGCCAUGGAACGUGCCUUUCAGGCGUUGAUCCACUAAUGCAGCAUUACUUCUUCCUUCUCAAUCCAUUAGUAUCAUCGCUAUUGCCCGAUACCUCAUCGUCACGCUGGUAAGUAUCAACUGAUCCGGACGCAUCUUAUCAAGCACACGUGGGAAAGGACUUCCACGCAUCCGGAAGUGAGCUAGCUCGUUCGAUGCUGCCUAAGGAACCAGUGUGGGUGAAGAGUUCGCGACCUGCAUGCGCAGCCGAUGAAUAAACAAAGGG